GUCGGAGAGGGAGGAGGAAGGCAGAGUGCAGGCAGGAGGGAAAGAGAGAGUGUAAAAAAAAAUAGCAUAUAAGCAGGAGGAAGUACAAUAUUUAUCAUGGCGUCGGGGGACACCCUGUAUAUAGAGACGGACGGGUCGGAAAUGCCAGCCGAAAUAGUGGAACUGCACGAAAUUGAAGUGGAGACAAUCGAGACAACAGUUGUUGGAGACGACGGUGAACACCAGCCCAUGAUCGCCUUACAGCCUCUGGACACGGAUGAUCCAAACUCGAUUCACCCGCACCAAGAGGUGAUUUUGGUGCAAACAAGAGAAGAGGUGGUGGGCGAGGAUGACUCUGAACUGCACACGGACGACGGUUUUGAGGACCAAAUCCUCAUCCCGGUGCCCGCCGUGGAGGAGGACUAUAUCGAACAGACUCUGGUUACUGUCGCCGGGAAAAGCUCGUCGACAGGCCGGAUGAAGAGGGCUGGAAGCGGAAAGAAAUCUGGCAAAAAGAGCUACCUAACCGGGGGAGAAAUGGGCAGAAAAUGGGAACAGAAGCAGGUCCAGAUCAAGACGUUGGAGGGGGAGUUUUCAGUGACUAUGUGGGCAUCGGAUGACAAGAAGGACAUCGACCAUGAGGAGCAAAUCACGGGGGAAAACUCUCCUCCAGAUUAUUCUGAAUAUAUGACAGGGAAGAAGCUUCCUCCAGGAGGCAUCCCAGGCAUUGACCUCUCCGACCCGAAACAGCUGGCAGAGUUUGCACGAAUGAAGCCAAGAAAAGUAAAAGAAGAUGAUGCACCCAGGACGAUAGCCUGUCCACACAAAGGCUGCACCAAGAUGUUCAGGGACAAUUCGGCAAUGAGAAAGCACUUGCAUACCCAUGGGCCUCGUGUGCAUGUUUGUGCAGAGUGUGGCAAAGCCUUUGUAGAAAGUUCAAAACUGAAGAGGCAUCAACUCGUACACACAGGAGAGAAACCUUUCCAGUGCACAUUUGAGGGCUGUGGCAAGCGGUUCUCUCUGGACUUUAACCUGCGCACACAUGUGCGUAUUCACACUGGAGACCGCCCUUACGUGUGCCCCUUUGAUGGCUGCAACAAAAAAUUUGCCCAGUCAACCAACCUGAAGUCUCACAUCCUUACACAUGCCAAAGCCAAAAACAACCAGUGAAACGACGACAUAAGCAUAGACUGCAGGGCUUGACCUGUAUGUCCAAUCCUCGGCAGACAAACUAAUGUCCUGUCUCCUGCUUUGUUGUGAGAUAAGAAGUCCCCUUUGUAUCAUCUCUAGAUAAAAGGUUUUUGAGAAAUGACCUUUUCUCAGACUUUUUGAUAAACUUUUGGAGGUUUGAACAAGGAACUCGUGAAAACCCCAACCCCCUCAGGCCUCCUACCCUUCUUUGGCGCUACCUGGAUGGAACAAUGUACGCUUUCUUCUUGUGAAGAUGUUAAUUCAUGGAUCUACAUCUAAAAUGUAUUUAUACCUUAACACAGCCAGUUAAAGUUUUUGCAAUAGAUGUCAAAUUUGCAUCGAUCCUCAGCAAUGACACCUUUUCAAUUUUUUACUUUCCCCAAGUGUGCAUAUUGUACACUGUUUGACAUAAGCUCUAUGGUAAUGUGUGUAGUAAGAUUGUCCCCGUAGCUCCUCUUGGGUUUCAGUUUGUUUUACCUCCACCUUUCCCUUUCAUGUGAGUGUGUUUUGAGGGGGGGGUGGUCUUUGCAUAUUUUCAUUUUGUACAAUGCAAUAUCAGAAUCAUGUAGAUAAUAGCCAUGUGAUUUUCAAUAUUAAUUACCGAUUAAAAUGUUUUCCCCCCUUGCACUACAAACACAAGAAGUGUCAUUUGUCCUCACAAUUAAAAGACAACCCAAAAUAUUA